UGCCGGGAUGACGAUGGAGGCCGCGGCCGGGGCAGGGCCCUGCGCCCGUAGGGCGCCCUCCGGGCCGGCAGCGCAGACGGGGAAGGCGGCAACAGCUCGCGGGUGAUGAAGCCCAGCGGGAGCCUCGCCGCGGAGGCCCGCUGCGGCCCCUCCGCCGCCCACAGAACCGUAACGUUUCAUCUUGGAAAAGAUUUAGAAGAAGAGCGUCAAGCGUUACGGGAGGAUCAAAAAAUAUAUCGAAGUCGGGCACGAAAAUAUUUUACAGAGACAAAUAGAAGAAGAAGAGCACUUGAAGAAAAAUGGAAACAAAAAGAAGAAAAGGAACAAAGAUUUAGAGAACGAGUACUGCAGCAAAGGAAACUGAAACAUCAGGAAGCAACUGAAAAGUUCCAACGUGCUCAUCUCCCUUUUCCUCAGCACGAGAAAAUAGUGAAGAGAAAACCAGUUCCUCAAUUAGAGGAAGCCCUGGAACAAAUUAAAGGAUCAGUUUUAACAUCAGGAUUUUACUUGCCUAUUAGGGAAAAAACUAACUGCAGAACAACAGACUCUCCCUCAGUUUCAUCUAGAAAUGAUUAUUUGCAUCAGAAACAGACCUCGGCAUGGGUUAGCAGUGAUAAAGCAAAACAGGAAAACAGUAGAACAAAUCUAGAUAGUAACCGACUUCUCUUCCAGCAAAAUCUGGAAGAAAAGCAACAAUUCCUUGAAGAGCAGCAUCUCAGCAACUUGGAGAAUUUUCAUCAAGAAGUCAACCAAAUAACCAAUUCUGAAAGCUUAUCAAGCCUGGACAGUCUUGAGGCUGGAGAACAAAAUGAAAGUAAUAUGACACCAAGUGAAUUGUCUUCUUUGACUAAACAGUAUGACUCUAUACCCUACAAUUCCCAGAAAUCAGAACCUACAAAUAAAUCUUUUCCUGAGGCAGCUGAACUGACUCUUUCUAAAAACCAACAUGUAAAUAAUUGGCUCAGAAAUUUAGAUAUGCAGAAUGGCCACAUACACACAUCUUUUCAUGAUGAUUUACCUAAACAUAAUGUCCUGAUUCCCACUGGACAUGAAAAUAAUCCAAAGCAGGAAUCAUCUGUUCCUAUCAAAUUUGAACAAAGAAUGACAGAAAUAUAUGCUUCUGAUAAGCAAGUAACCUCUGUAAAAAAUCUGUGUACUUUUAGGCAAAAUAAAGAAAGAGAAAAAAACAGGUCAUCUUUUGGAAUAGUCAGCAAAGAGAGCUUGGUGACCACUGACAACCAUGUAUUCAAACCAAGCAAAGCGUGGACUACCUCUGAUCCUUCUCAAAAAGAAAGAAUUCAGGAUUCAGAACAAGGGCAGACUUCUGAAAUAAUGCAACCUAAAACAACUACACUAGUACAAACUUCCAGUCAUCCUAUGGCAACACCUGUAAUUUUACCUCCAAAACAAUGGAACUCCAUUGGUAGUCACAACAGUAGUUUCUCAGCUGAUAUCAUACAAAAGGAAAAAAAUACAAACACAUGUCCAUGUACUGAUAAUCCGGACAACUUGAUAGAAAAGAAAGAAGAAACUACUAAAUAUUUUAAUGAUAAUAAUCAAGGGUCAUCUUUAUUUCAAGAUGCAUUUAAUACAUCAAUUUUAUGCAACAUUGAUCAAGAAGAGGACAAAGAAGAAAAUGGAAAUACAGCCAAAGCCAUGCCACAUUUGUCUGAUACAGGGUUUAAUUCUGACUUGCCUAAUCAACAUAAAAACCUGAGAGAGAAUGUUCGGGAGGGAUAUGGGGUAAAGCUGCUCAAAAGUAUUUUAAAAAAGGAAUCUAAAUAUGAAAAUAAUUUUUUUAAAUCGGUAGUUAUGAAACCAAAGUUCAGCUUUGGGAAUCAAACCAUAUCUUGUAUCAGAGACAGUUUGGAAUUAGUAAAAAUAAAAGAGAAAAAUGCAGAGGAUCAAAAGACCAAUAAGAAACUGCGAUGGUUUGAUGAAAAUGACAAAACAGUAGUAGAAGGUGACGAAAAAUGUUCUGAAAGGAAUCCUAGUGAAGUAUCUCAGGCUCAUCUGCAACCAUCUCAUGUUCAAACUAAAAUCAAUGCUCCUAACACUAAUUUAAGUAUUGUUUCUUGCACUGCAAAUCCUGUUUGCUUAGAAAAUCACCAGGAUUCUACUCUGAUAUACACAAAAUCUGCUACUGCUGGAGGCUCAGAGAGAGACUGUACACUUCUGAAUUCUUUAGGAUAUACAAGGUGCCAUUUUGCUAAACAGGCAUGGAUGGCAUCGCAAGGUGAAAAAAGUAACCCUUUUCUAUAUAGUAAUGACUCUAAAAUCCAGAAGGAUAACCUGCGUAAAGGCAAGACAAAAAUAAUCAGAAGACCAAUAUCUGCCAGAACCCAAACAAGUUUUAUACCCAAAAAUAGGAAGGGCACUAUAAUCCGAGCACAGUCUGCUAGUGAAGCUAACAAAGUUAUAAGAGCUCAGGGUAAAAUCAUGAUACCUCAUCCACCACCUAAACUUUUACUAGACUGCACAACUGGACAAAAUGUAGCAGAGACUAGGAGUGGGUAUCAACUAGUAAAUUCUUCUAAACCUCAAACCAUCAGUAAAAAUAAUGAUUUAAAUGCAAAACGUUUUUUGCCAGCAGAUCAGCAUUGCAAUAAAAGUAUCACAGAAAAUAAUAAGAGCACUGCGUGUGGUCAUAUGGCAAUAUCCACACCUUCCACCAGUGUAUCUACAUACGAACCUUUGGGAAAAACUGUUUAUGGAAAUGGACCACGCCUGGAUCGUACACCAACUGACGAAGAAAUAAAUCUUCUGUAUGAAGGAGUGCGUAGUGCCCUAGCUCAAAAACAAUUUGCUGCUGGUGAUUUCCGGCAUUAUGGCACACACUACAAUAAUUCCUUUUCUUCUAACUUGCAACCUACUAACUCUAGUAUAUCUCUUUUUACGAUUGAUGGUAGCAGUCUCAUGACCAAUUUAAAGUCAGUUUCUAGAAUGAAUGGAUUUCUUUCUUCAAUAAAUGGUGCUGUUCCUGCCACUAGACGAAAACAAAACUUUGAUAAUGCUGAAACUAAACGUAGAGCUCUUUUAGAACAAAGACGGCAAGCUAUAGCAACUACAAUAUGGAGACCCACUCAUCCUGCACAGAAUUCAGUACAUACAGUCCAGCUAAGUCCUUUUCAGUAUACAUUUGAGCCAGUGCAAGCAGUGAGUGGCAUCCCUAAUUCUGAUGAAGAAAGUACCGCUCAGUUUCUGCUAGCAGAAAAACUAGCAAGUAUAUCAGUUACAGAGGGUGAAAUGCUAUCUGCUAUGGAAACAACACAACCACACAGACAGCCAUUGGUGCUCAACAAGCCCCAAAGACUCGGCAUGACAGCAUUGUCAAUGGAAGAACAUAAAAUUCUUCAGUCACUUGAUCAUCUCAAUCAGAGGCUGCAGAAUAUCCAGGAAUCCAUUACCAAAAACCCACCCACUUCAAGGGGUUUUCAGAUAAUUUCCCCUCUGCAUGGUGCAUCCUCCCCUUCUGUGGAUACUACAUUAUCUACGCAGAGGCAUCCAAGUAUGUCAGCUGACCCUCGAUUACGAUUGCAAAGAAGAUACUGACAUGGUCUAACAAAAACUGCUUCACUGGAUUUAACUUUAAUGUGGCCUUACAUGUACACAUUCUUCAUGCUACAAAAUCAAGAAAACAUACAUUUAAACAUUAACUCAAUUAAUGUAAGCUAAAUAGUUUACAUUACAAACCUUAACUAUGCACUUUAUUGUAAUAUAUUGUAUUUUAAAAGAAUGCAUAUACCUCACCUUUUAAUUAAUCUGUUACUUAAUUCAUUGUAUCUUUAAUUAAAAUGAAAUGCAAAAGACAUUAUUUUGUUACUCAGAUUAAGAUUAUGUAUAAACUAAUUUCCAAUUUCCUGGUUUUCCAGAUUUUCUAAUAAAUUAUAUUAUAUUUAUAUAA